CCGGAACACAGCUCACAAUUAUUAAGCCGUUAGUGAAUAUAAGAAGCGAUACACCUGCUCCUGAAGUCAUUUCGAUCCUGUUCCCUCGAAUAUUGGGGUCAUGCUCUGAGAAACUCCUUGUCUUACAUCCUGAAUCUAUCUUUUCUCAUUUCGACUCUAAUACGGUUGCGUCGCUAUUCUUGUACUAAACAUGUCAACAUCCUCAAGCCAUCCAAAAGUCAUCGUCGUCCUUGGAGCCACGGGACACCAAGGCGGUGGCGUCGUUCGGGCAUUGCUCAAGUCCAAAUCGUGGAUUGUCCGAGCUGGCACUCGCGACCCAGGUUCGUCCAAGGCCCAGAAGCUCCUAGCCGAGGAGCAAAACGAUGAUGGGCAGUUGGAGGUUGUCGCCGCCAACGUGUACGAUAUCGAGGCUCUGCGAAAGGCCUUUGCUGGCGCCUAUGGAGUCUUCGCCAUUACCAGCGAGAGGCACCCUGACAAGGAGAUAGUUGACGAAGAGGACAUGCAGCACGAAAUUGAGGCUGGACGUAACAUUGUUCUCGCCGCCAAGGAGUGCAAUGUUCAGCAUUUUGUAUUCAGCAGCCUGCCUGACAUGAUGCAAGCCACGUCUGGCCAGUUUCCUAAGCUCUACCACAUGAACAACAAGCAUGCCGUUGAGAAGAUCGCCAGAGAAGAGCUCCCAGGAAGAGUCACUUGUCUCAUACCGGGUUUCUUCUACACGAAUCUACAAUGGCGACAGUAUUGUCGACGCCAGGAGGACGGUGUAGCUAGGUUCUGCUAUCCAAUUCCAUCGGACCAGGUGACGCAGUGGACGGAUCCGGAAUAUGAUAUGGGCUCUUUCGCAGCAAAAGUAUUCAACUUGGGCGUCGAUCGGACGCGCGGCAAGACAUACCUCGUCAUGAGCCCCCCGGUCACGCCGCAGCAGAUCGCAGAGACCUUCACGAGAGUCACUGGGCAGCCAGCCAUCCACUCCCCAUCAUCCGCUGAAGAGUUUGGCGAUCUGACGGCUCCAUUGGUCGGACCAGCUUUCAAAGAGGACGCCAAGCAGAUGAUGCAAUGGGCCGCCAUCGCUCCAAAGAGCAAGGUCGCCUACGGGGCGCUGGAUCCACAGGUAGACCGCUCCGCUGAGGAACUUGGACUGACUGCUAGCUCAUUCGAAGCGUGGCUGAAGAGGAGCGGCUGGACAGGACCGGAUCGUGCGUAAAUGGCGUCAAGCGAGCGCCAGUUUUGCUUGGACAAAAACACCGACGGCUGAGAACGGGAAGAUGAUUGUUGCAAGGAAAAUGAAUUCAUGAAGUCUGUUGUCAGAUUGAAGGGAUAUAUUUCUUACAGACAGUUGAGAGCAUCAGGGCAUGAAGCCCAGAGGUAGCAGCAUCAGCAUCAUCAUUUUGAUUCCCAGUGCGAAGAGUCUGUAGGUUUAAGAGACCUAUCAUCAUGGCAUAUUGUAUGUUCUGCUCCUGCACUGACUCGAGUCUCUCAGGUGGGAAUGAGAGACGCAAGUCCUUAAUGCUGUGUUAGUUCCAUAAUGCGCUCAUUGUUCAAGUUACUAUUGGUUAGAUGCGGCAACCUAUCGUUAGCAAAACCCUUGGAGAUACAGUUGACUCGGAUGGUGGGGGCGGUUUGACAGCCAAGGACUUGAUCAGAUGAAUCUGCGCGGCCUUGGUGACGGCGCAUGGGUCACGGUACUCAGGUGCGUAUGG